AUCCUAGCCCUUUGCCUCUGAUUCCUUCCUUUGCCUGUCUCCCAAAUCUGUCUCUUCCUGGUUUCUCUGUCCUGUCUCUUUCUAUGGAGCAGAAGGUAGUUCUCAUCACAGGCUGUUCCUCUGGAAUCGGUCUGCAUCUGGCACUGCGCCUGGCAGCUGAUCCUUCAGGCAGCUUCAAAGUGUAUGCCACCCUACGGGACCUCAGGUCUCAGGGCCCGCUGUGGGACGGUGCACGGGCUCGAGGCUGCCCUCCGGGCUCCUUGGAGACUCUACAGCUUGAUGUGACCGACUCCAGCUCAGUGGCAGCUGCCCGAGACCAAGUGACCGAGGGCCGAGUGGACAUCCUGGUAUGUAAUGCUGGCCGUGGCCUGCUUGGCCCACUGGAGGCCCACGCGGUAGAAGCUGUGGGCUCCGUGCUGGACGUGAACGUGGCGGGGACAGUCCGUACGCUCCAGGCUUUCCUUCCGGACAUGAAGCGACGCCGCGCGGGCCGGGUGCUUGUCACUGGGAGCGUUGGCGGGAUGAUGGGCUUGCCCUUUAACGCAGUUUACUGUGCUAGCAAGUUUGCGCUGGAGGGUCUAUGUGAGAGUCUGGCUGUGCUGCUGCCACCCUUCGGCGUCCACGUCAGCCUCAUAGAGUGCGGCCCUGUACGAACCGCUUUCCAGGAGAAGCUGGAGGGGGGUCCUGGCGGUGCACUGGGAAGCGCCGACCUAGAGACUCGGGCUCUCUUUUCCCGUUACCAGCGCCACUGUGAGCGGGUCUUCCGUGAGGAGGCACAGGACCCAGAGGACGUGGUGGAGGUGUUCGUCCGAGCGCUCAGUGCCCCUCACCCUGUCCUGCGCUAUUUCAGCACUGAGCGCUUCCUGCCACUGGCCGGGCUCCGACUCUCGGAUCCUGGAGGCUCUCAAUACGUAGAUGCCAUGCACCGAACCGUCUUCUCCGAGCCCGAGGAAGGGGAGGCUGGGAGUGGGGCCGAAGGCCUCGAGAGCCCCUGAGUUAGAAGUGCCCUUCUUUUCACCCCAACACACACACUCUAUAAAGUACCCUGCCCAUAUCGCCUAACCAGUGACUGGGUUACUUUGUUUUCGAAACAAGUUUUCCAAAGGGGGGCUCAUAGGAGAGAGCUGUUUGCCUUCUUCAGAUGGCAAAAAAAAAAA